GGAGUUGUUGCGGCAUAUCCUGCGUGCAAGAAUAUGCAUCGCUUCUCCUAGGCAACCGAGGACAGUGGGCAAGCUAUUACCCUCCACGGCUUAUACAUCCUUUGCCGCUAUUGCGCUGAAAAAUGGCUGGCUUCUUCCAAUACUUGCCCGCAGUGCCGCGUGGUCCUCUUCUAGGAGCCCUCAAGUGAUGGCAUUGCAGAAGCUGCGAAUGCCCUUGAAGCAGCAGCAGAUACGAUUGCGGCGGCACACCAACAUGUUGACUCGUUGAUGCUGCAAGAGCAAUCCGAGGUCCUCUACCUAAAGGUGCGACAUCUCGAGGGCGAUCCUUUUGCGCAGGACUAUAUCGCACUCUCGCACUUAACGCCGUUCAUAAUGAACGGGCUGCGCAAUCGGGAAGCGGCCUACGCAUCUCACAAGGUGCUCGUGGACUACAAGUAUGCUCAGUAUAGCCCAGCAUUCCCGCCAAUACGCGAGAUCGGCCCUCUGCCGCCACACGGACGCGUAGUCACCGAAUCGGUACUGGUUGAUGUUUGGGCGUGGUGGGCCAACCGCUACCACAGUACGCUGGCUUACGGCUGGAUCGACAGGAGACACCAACCUGUGGCCAUAAAGAUUUUCCUUGGCCUCUUGCGUCGCGCAAUCAUCGCAAUCAUACCGCAGGCCGACACGGCCACCAUAUCUAAGCUCACAACGCUACUGCUGAAGCAGCUCAAUUGAGCACUAAUAGCGCACUCGAGGGCUUCAGCGAAGAAGGCUACGCGCUGUGGAAACAACGCCGCAAGCAGCUGUGGAUACACUCGACGCUAAACAAAUAUAGACACGCCGUCUCACAGCUUAGUACAGUCACAAGUACACGGUGCCGCAACUGCGCGCAGCCAUCAAAAACCGCCUUGGCUAUGACCCACAAAAAUCAAAAGACUAAGGAAUACUAUGUCAACGUGAUGAUCUAGGCGGACUAUACGAUCUUCCGAUUUCUCGACUCGAUCAACGGGGAGCUACAACCACAGGCGGCAACGAUCAAAACAUGUCCUCAGUGGCAUAUCCAUCUGUCUCAUAUGCAGUUUGCCGUGAAGGAUGCGUCGGUCAUAGAGUCGGUAACUGUGGUCGCUGGAUUCGCACCACAAUGCUUACGCCAGUCGCAUAGAGGCAUGAUUGUGACGUGUAGAGUGGGAAUGCAUAUCAAAGUCUUCCUUUAUAUGUUUAUUCUUCUAUAAAUACGAAUACUUGUAAAGCAAAAUACAAGCCUUAGACUACGACUAUCGACUGCGGAUUGAAUUAUGCUCUAAUUAUAAUGCAAAAAGAAUCAUUGCUUGUC